CUUGCUUAAUGUUUGGUUCUUGAUUCGAGACCCGGAAGCCAGAUUGCCACCUACAGAGCUAUGCUAUGAAAGCACAAAAGAACCGAAAAACAUUACAUAAAUGGUUAUAAUUUGUUUAUACACGACGCAAUUAAAGAACCGAUACACUGGAUUUAACGAUCAACAUCACUGUAAUUUACCUCCGUUAUACCGUUUAGGCUGCUUGCUAGCUUGCUCUUUAGCCAUCUGGCAAGAUUGUCGCUUGCUAACGUAAGCAGUUGGUCACCGUUAGCAAGUUGGCAAUGGCUGUGGCGCACAGAGGUUGUGUUUUGGCUGGAUAUUUACUCCUACUACUGCUGGCUGGGUGCAAGGCGAGAAUACAUUCGCUCACCCUGAAGAAUGAAACUCGGUUUGCUGUCGACCUCAACACCUUCGGUUUCUAUGCUAACGGGACUCUGGAUGUCAACCUGGUUUCUCUGCGCCUUCCAGACCAGCCGGUGAACUACAGUUAUUACCCUGUUGGUUUCAGCCUCUCCAGGUCACGUGUGAAUGGAGUCCUGUCUUACACAGCAGAGGAGACAGAGACAUGCCCACUGACACUCACAAAGUUGACCAGCACCGAGCCUCUCAUUCUUUUCCUUAUUGAUUUCAACGCACUCAGUGUCAAUGUGAGAGCUAUGGGUGAACAAGACAACAUCUUGAGAGGAAAGCCAAAGGCUGAAGUGCCUAAAGGUCUGAGGAAAACCAGGGAGGAACCUGCUAAUGCUGCCAAUGCGCCAAAUGGGAAUAAACCAUCAACAAAUGGGGACAAAAAAGCAGAUGACCCAGAUAAUAAGUUGAAUCAGGACGAAAAGGAUGACAAGUCUGUGGAGCCGAAUAAAGAAGUUCAGAAAGAAGAAAAGCCGGAAGUGGGAGAAACUGAAUUCCAGCUUGGGAAGAACAAACAACUGACUUUGGCUCUGGGCAAAGUUAACGGCUCCUACAACUUCAGUUUCCACAUGGUGGUCGGCUUGCUGGCGGAGGGUCUGUACAGCCUCAAGUUCCACUACUGUAAGAACAGGAUGGCUGGAAUCAAAUUCCCCUACUCGUUCUCUGUGGAAGUGACAGAGGUGAAUCCCGACGGCUACCUGUCUGCAGCAGAAAUUCCUCUGUCUCGCCUUUACAUUUGUAUGGCUGGAGUCUUCUUCACUGCUGCCAUGGUCUGGGUCUACACACUCAUGAAGCACAGGUACAGCGUGUUUAAGAUCCAUUGGUUGAUGGCAGCACUGGCCUUCACCAAGGCCACAUCAUUGGUUUUCCAUAGUAUCAACUAUCACUUCAUCAACACUAAGGGGCAUCCUAUUGAAGGCUGGGCCGUCAUGUAUUAUAUCACACACCUGCUCAAGGGGGCACUCCUGUUCAUCACACUGGCACUGAUUGGCACCGGCUGGGCUUUCGUUAAAUACAUCCUGUCUGACAAGGAAAAGAAGAUCUUCAUGAUUGUCAUCCCUCUGCAGGUCCUGGCUAAUGUCGCCUUCAUCAUCAUCGAGUCUACGGAGGAAGGUUCCAGUGAAUAUUAUCUGUGGAAGGAGAUCCUCUUUCUGGUCGAUCUCAUCUGCUGCGGAGCCAUCCUUUUCCCUGUUGUCUGGUCUAUCCGUCACCUACAGGAGGCUUCUAGCACCGACGGCAAAGCUGCCAUGAAUUUGGAGAAGCUCAAGCUCUUCCGGCAUUAUUAUGUCAUGAUUGUGUGUUAUAUCUACUUUACAAGGAUCAUAGCAAUUCUGCUUAAGGUCACUAUGCCUUUCCAGUGGCAGUGGUGCUAUGAGUUUCUGGUGGAGGUGUCUACUCUGGUCUUCUUUGUGUUGACGGGCUACAAGUUCAGACCAGCGUCCAACAACCCCUACCUUCAGCUUCCCCUGGACGAGGAGGACGUAGAGAUGGAUGAAGUAAUGACUGAGUCAGGUGCACUGGAGGGCAUUUCCAAAGUCAAGAAAACCUGUAACGGACGCGAGCGCCAGAAAGAGUCCACCUUGUGAGUGGGAAGCUCCAUCUUUGGGGGUGGAGGACCCACUAAACAUCCCCAGGCCAGCUGGUACAAAGGGGUGCACACGGACCAAGGCUCCCCACCCCCAGUGACGGCUUUCCUUUUGAAACUCUUAGAGUGGUUGCAGCGGUCGUGUCCACUGUCUGGCUAUGCAAAAAAAGAAAAAGAAAAAAAGACUGACUUUGUUGGACGCUCUCCAUUCCCUCGGAACACUCCACCCAGAAACUCUGUAAGGUUUCAGAAGGAGACGAGCUCCCGUCACAUGAAUGGGUGGAGACAUGGAAAGGAGCUCUGAUGUUCUUUAGUUUUCAUUUUUUUU